AUGGAUGAAGGAGAUGAGGAGUCCCUGCUCAAUCAUGAUCACGCUCAUCGUCGUAGCAGUACGAAUACAUACGAACAAAUGGACUCAUGGGUGCGGCUUGUCAAGGCCGGAACGAUAAAGUUGCUGAUGACCAUUUUCUUUGGCGGUAUGCUUUGCGUAUGCUUGAAGGCAUGGGAAGGAUUCGGCUCGCCUAUCGCACUUACCAAGUACGACAUCCGAAUCUUCAAUGCUCUUACUAUCGCUAUAUCGAUAUGCCUGGGCCUCAAUCUUCUCGCCUCGCUCAAACGAUACGCAGUCAUUCUCCGUUGGUCGAUAUUGACUAGGUACUGGGUCCCCGUGGAGGUCUUCGAUCUUGUUUUGGGCAUCGAUGAGCUCACCAAUGCCGCCAAGCUUUUUGUCCUUUCUACGCCUGCUCUGGAACAUAAGUGGCUCAUGGGAAAAUCAAGACCCUGGAAGGACGCUCAACCGGGAACGAAAUGGCGCUUUGGCACUGUAUGUUUCAUCUGGCUGCUUAUCAACAUUGGUAGCCAAGUCUUGGUUGCCUCCCUCAGUCUAUUCUGGCCCACAGAGCAGUACCCAUGUCGACUCACUACGUACGGCAGUGUAGCAGUAGCCGAUCUAUCAAAAUGGAGUGUCGACGGUCCUGAAAAAUCCAACUGGACCUCGCAGGAAGCAGCGUGGAGAUACGGGAUGGACGCACAGUCAUGGAGCAACUUCUCAGCCUCUGAACCAACCCCAGCACUUGCGCAAUUACCCGGGACGCCAUUGUACAGAGGCGAUGGCUACUACGAGUAUCGUUUCUUCUACCGGAAUCCACAACGCCUCUACGGCGACUUUGUAGAGAGUGACGCCAGCAUACAGGCUUCAGCUCACUGUAAAAGCUACGAGAUACACGGGAACGUGACCACAAAGCCGAGAAAGAAAGAAACAGACCCUAGUGGUUCCCAAAUCCUCGCAGGCAUGCCUGGAGAGAAGCCAACCAACGUUUCGAUUCCCUCGUAUGGCAGAGGCAUGGUUUCAUGGAUAGUAUUAGAUGAAGAGGUCUGCGGCCCACGUUGUUCGCAAAUCACAGUUUUUCAAGCUCGUGCCGAGGAAGGAGAGCUAGCGGAAGCGGUCGACAAACAUUCUUUAUGGGUGUGCGAAAACUACAUUACAGACAUCAGGAAGACCACCAAUGGUGCGAACCAUACUGAAAUAAGGGACAAGAAUAUGGAAAUCAAUGGUACAGACAUUUUUGCAAGAAUAGGGGCAGGCGCGAUUGGUUGGACAGGCAUAAGUCAAGGACGUUGGACAGAUCGACAAUUCCGUUACUAUACACAAGGUACGCCCUGGUCUCCACCGCGCAUACUCGACAAAAGCGAUGUCGAAGAGAUCAUUAUGCGUUUUAGCAUUGGCGCAAUAGCUGCAUUCGACGACCAUGGCAUACGACGCAACGUAACUAUCAACAACGAGACCUGUGACGACACGAGCCAGAAGAUUAACGUCAGCUGGAGGUACGUGUCGAGUAUACUAGGCGCAAUAGGCCUCAUACAGUUCGGCGCCUUGUGUUAUCUACUCUUGCGUGCAAACCGCAGUAUCGUUCGGGACGCAAGCUUCUUCAGCACAGCAAUGCUCCUAAGGCCCAUCCUUGAGGUCCUCGACGACGUACCAGGAAGAAUGGCGAUGAGUGGCGCCGAGAUCAAGAAUCACAAAAGAUUGCGGAACAGAAACGUCAGAUACGACUACAAGGAGGUUGGCCAUGUCAAGCAAGUAACUGUUUACUUCGAGGAUGAGUUUAAGGGUCACAUGAGGAAGAAGUGGCCAUCUGGGGACUACAGUGGAUGA